AUGUGGAUGUGGAUGUGGAUGUCCUGGAUGAUAUGAAAUGAUAUGAUGUUAUGAUGGAAGGAUUCCUGUACUUAUUUCUUAUCUCUUGUUUAUUUUCCGCGUGUACGCGUAAUGAAUAAUGCCCUUGAUUGUUAUUGUUAUUUUUUUCUAUUAUUAUUCCUCAGAUAUUUGACAAUAUUUGACACAUUCCUCUCGGCCGUUGUUGAAGGAUCGAACUUACUACGAAAGGAUGGAGGAUCCCGUCUCCCCCGAAACGGUCAAGUGUUCACCAAAAGUACCUUAACCUUACCCGAUGAGACAAUGACAAACUUAUGAGUUAUGAUGACAAGAUAAGAAUCAGCAGCAGCAGCAGCCAAUAAGCAUAAUUGGAAUUCGG